AUGGCUCUCCACGAAGCCGGUGGACCGGUGGACUCGUCAGACAUACCCCACUCUGGAAAAAAUAAACAACCCUUUGACUUCAAGCAGAUACUGAGAGACCUCAUGAAACACCGUCAAGAUGAAGGAAUAAAGGAUCGUCAACUUGGUGUCAUCUUUAAAGGUUUGUGUGUCGUUGGUGCGGGUUCUCGCACCUCGCAGCAGCCCACCGUCAGCUCACUUUUCCAUCCCUCAACGUUUCUGGACAAGAUAAGGGGAAUUCGCAAUCCCUCAAUUAGAGACAUCUUGUCUGGAUUCGAGGGUGUGGUCACUCCUGGGGAAAUGCUUUUGGUCCUUGGCCGUCCUGGCGCAGGGUGCUCGACCUUCCUCAAGACGCUCGCUAACCAACGUGGGGAGUAUCAUGCUGUUGAGGGUCAGAUUUUCUAUGAUUCAUUCACCUCAAAGGAGAUACAUGACUCCUUCCGUGGCGAUGUCACUUACUGUCCAGAGGAUGAUAUCCACUUCCCGACGCUGACUGUCGACCAGACACUCUCUUUCGCUGUUAGAAACCGUACUCCUGCAACUCGUCGUCCCGGCCAGAAGCGCGAGGAUUAUGUUGAGGAUACCACCACCAUGCUCAUGAAAGUUCUUGGCCUCUAUGGUUCGAAACACACCCUGGUUGGUAAUGCUCAGAUUCAAGGUGUUUCCGGUGGCGAGAGAAAGCGAGUUUCUAUUGCAGAAACUUUAGGCUCUACAGGUUCACUUGGUGCAUGGGAUAAUUCUACUCGUGGACUAGACUCCUCGACUGCCCUUGAGUUUAUCAGCACCUUACGUUUCAUCACAGACAUCAAACGCACAACGACGAUUGUCUCCCUCUAUCAGGCAGGCGAGCCAUUAUACAAUCUAUUCGAUAAGGUCUGUGUUAUCGCGGAAGGGAAGAUGGCCUAUUUUGGUCCAGCAAAGUCUGCUAAAGAUUACUUUAUUGGUAUGGGCUUCGAACCACAAAACAGACAGACUACCCCCGACUUCCUGGUUGCAGUUACGGACCCGAUCGGGAGGAAAAUCCGCCCUGGACAUAAGAGCUUUGUCCCGCGAACGUCGGAGGAACUAGCUAGCUAUUUCAUGGCUUCUGAUCUCGGUCGUCAGAAUCAGGAAGCCAUUGAAAAGCGCCGCCAGCAAUGCGUUGGCAAUCACGAACACAAGCAGGCGUAUCUGUCCAGCGUGGCUGCUGAACAUGGUGACACAUCUACCGUGUACAUGUCCUCUGUCCUCCAGCAAGUCAAAACGGUUAUGAAGCGCCGUGUGCAAGUCAUUGUUGGUGAUAAGUUCGAGUUCUUUCUACGAUUGGCUUCCCAAGUCUUUCAAGCGGUAAUUAUUGGCACCGUCUUUCUGAACGUUCCAAAGGACACCUCGGCCUAUUUCCCCCGGGAAGGUGUUAUGUUCUUCUCCCUCUUCUUCAAUGCUAUUACAUCUGUUUCAGAAAUCCCUACACUUUUUUUCCAGCGUCCCAUCGUGCUUCGUCACCAGAAAGCCGCUUUACAUUACCCUUAUAUUCAGAGUCUCGCGCACACCAUAGUCGAUAUUCCGGUCACUUUGAUCGUCCAACUUGCGUUCGUUGUAAUACUCUACUUCCUGGUCGGGUUGCAACGUUCUGCCUCGCAGUUUCUCAUUUUUUACCUUUUUGUCUUCUUAAUGUCACAAACCAUGAAAUCAUUCUUCAGAGCUAUUGCUGCAAGCUUUAAAACUCGUCCUAGCGCAAUAGCCAUUAGCGGUAUCUUCAUUCUCUUGAUGUCACUCUAUGGUGGGUACACAGUUCCUUGGCCAACUGCUCCAAGGGGCUUGCGGUGGAUCAUGUGGUUGAACCCAUUGUGGUGGGCAUUCGGUGGACUUGUUGUGAACGAGUUCCAUACGCUCGAAGGAGUUUGCUCUACUCUUGUCCCACAGGGUUUGGGGUACGAGAACGUUUCACUUGCAAACCAGGUCUGCACAACUGUUGGAUCGCAGCCCGGGCAGCUCCUCGUUGAUGGCAACAUUUAUGUUGCAUUGACGUUUGACUUUUGGUAUAGUCAACUUUGGAUGAAUUUCGGUAUCCUUUGCGCCUUCUACUUUGUGUUCUUGGCCGUUCUCCUAGUUGCCACGGAAUUCAAUACUUCGUCUGCUUCAGACAGUGCUGUCGUUCUCUUCAAGCAGGGAUCAUGUGCUGUCGAUGGGAAUUCUAAGGCCCGAGACGAGGAAAAGGCUGGUACAGAAUUUCGCUCUAGAUCCCUCUCCGACGUAGCUGGUCCCUCGACUUUCGACAAUCUCGAGAAGGUCACGGACCUCUUCACGUGGCAGCACAUGCGAUAUGAAAUCCCUAUUGAAGGAGGGAUGAAACACCUUCUGGAUGAUGUCACGGGCUUUGUUAUCCCUGGAAAGCUCACCGCAUUGAUGGGUGAAUCUGGGGCUGGCAAGACAACGCUCCUGAAUGUUCUUGCACAUCGUGUCGGUGUUGGUGUGGUAACUGGUGAGCGAUUCUUUGGCGGACAGCCGCUCCCCAUAGACUUCCAGGCUCAGACUGGUUACUGCCAACAGCUCGACACCCACCUUCCCGAGGCGACUGUCCGUGAAGCGCUCCUUUUCUCUGCUAAUCUUCGCCAGCCACAAUCAGUUCCUCUCGCCGAGAAGGAAGCAUAUGUUGACAAGUGCCUUCAAAUGUGUGGUCUAGAUGACUAUGCUGAUGCUAUUGUUGGCUCUCUCGGGGUUGAGUGCCGUAAGCGCACCACCAUUGCAGUGGAGCUCGCUGCUAAGCCCAAACUUCUACUCUUCUUGGAUGAGCCCACGUCCGGCCUUGACUCGCAAUCCGCCUGGGCUAUCGUGCAUGUACUUCGUGAGCUUGCUGACCGUGGUCAGGCCAUUCUCUGCACAAUCCAUCAACCUUCGGCGGAGCUCUUCCAGGUCUUUGACAGAUUGUUGCUCCUUCGCAAGGGUGGACAGACAGUCUACUUUGGUGACAUUGGCGAGAACUCGUCGACCAUGCUGAAUUACUUUGAGCGUAAUGGUGCUCCACGCUGCGGCUCUAACGACAAUCCGGCGGAAUAUAUGCUUGAUGUCAUAGGUGCUGGAGCAACUGCAGUCUCCACUACCGAUUGGUACAACGUCUGGAAGUGCUCACCAGAAGCGGUGCAGCUUGAAGAUCAUAUCAACAACUUGCAUGAACAGGGUCGUUCUCACCCACGGCAACUUAGUGUCCGCUACUCUGUCUUCGCCACCUCAUGGUUGCACCAGUUCGUUGCGCUCACCAACCGGAAUUUCCAAGCAUACUGGCGCAAUCCUACGUAUAUUCGCGCCAAGUUUGCGCUUAAUAUCGUUGGCGGUCUCCUUGUGGGCUUUACAUUCUUUCAGGCAAAUGACUCGUUGCAGGGCACUCAAAAUAAGCUAUUUUCGAUCUUUCUCUCCCUUGUGGUCUGUGUUCCCCUCGUACAUCCGCUCAUGGCCGUCUACGUCGACAUUCGCACAGUGUACGAGAUACGUGAACGUCCCACUGCAAUGUAUAAUUGGACUGCUCUCGUCAUGUCACAGCUUGUCGCUGAGCUUCCUUGGAACGUGACAAGUUCUGCGAUGUUCUUUUUCUGCUGGUACUGGACCGUUGGAUACCCCACAGGCCGAGCAGGCUACACGUUCCUGAUUAUUGCCAUUGCCUUCCCGUCCUACUACACCACGCUUGGACAUGGUAUCGCGUCCAUGUCACCAACCGCUCCAAUUGCAUCUGUAUACUUCACAACUCUCGUUAUCUUUACCUUGAUUUUUGAUGGUGUUAUCCAGCCGUUCUUUGAGUUGAAUUGGUGGAAAUGGAUGUAUAGGGCCUCUCCUUUCACGUACAUCAUCGAGGGCCUCCUUGGUCAAGCUAUUGGCAGUCAAGCUAUUAUCUGCUCCUCCACGGAACUAGUUUCCGUCAACCCGCCGAAGAGUCUGACCUGCGGCCAGUAUAUGGAUCCAUUCAUCGAAUUCGCUGGUGGCUACCUCACAAACCCCGGAGCUGCGGAGGGCUGCCAGUACUGUCCCUACAAGACCACUGACCAGUAUAUGUACUCGAGGUUCAACAUUAAAUACAGUGAUCACUGGCGCAACCUGGGCAUUAUCUUCGGAUUCGUUGCGUUCAAUAUCAUUGCGAUUUUCUGGCUCACGUAUUUCAUGCGCAUUCGCACUGUCAGCGUGUUUACGUCUCUUAAGCAGAAGUUAGCUCGUAGCAAAUAAAUCGCAAUUCACGAAUACCACAUAACGCUCGAAUGCACUUACAAGACUAGAGUCAAAUAGCCCGACAUUUUUUCUACUAUGAAGUAGACAUAGGAUCUGUGAGCGCGACUUUGAGUCAAACGCUCGAUUCUGGGGUGGUGCCCAAUUCCUUGACCUGCAGCUGCUAUUCAAACUAGUAUAAUCAUUGUGAUACUCUGUUGGCGACAUACUGGCAGUAGUACUAGUGCUACUAUACUGUUCUGACUUGACAUCCCAUCUAUGUACUGUAUUAGCAGUAGACUCCGCAGGAACACAUACCAUUCCGCGAAUGGACCCCGCCAUAUAUCUAUCUACAUAUUGUAAGGACGGAGCGUUUGAUGCCGCGGAACCAAUUCUUGUCGACGCCAUGUUCGCGCUCCACCCGAACCCCCUCUUCUGCCCCACUUCGGCGCAGGCAUGUACGGUUGCCGCUGCGACCU